UCGUCUAUGUUCGCACCAGGCGUUAAAGCUUAAGCUUAAACACCUCCAAAACACCGAAACCAUGAACCAUUUGCCAAUCUUCUGUUAGAACCAAUCAAAGCUCGAAGCUUUCACCAAUGGCGGCCUCAAAAUUUUCCUCGUGCAUGGCCAUGGCGGUGGCGUUACUAUCAUCUACAUCUGUCGGAACUCACGCCGACUCUUCCUUUCGCUUCCCUUAUUUCUCUUCAUCUCCGUCCUCUUCUUCUUCUCAUUCAAACCCUUCUUUGUCUGAUCAAACCGGCAAUGCGAAAUCGGGCUCUGAAGCAUCGGCGGCCGAAGAGCCGAGAGGGUCCGGGUUCGACCCUGAGUCGUUGGAGAGAGGCGCCAAAGCUCUUCGCGAAAUAAAUAGCUCUCCCUACGCUAAACAGGUCUUUGAUCUCAUGAGAAAGCAGGAAAAGAUCCGCCUUGCUGAGGUGGCCGCUGAGAAGGCGCAUUACGAAGUAAUUCAAGCUCAAAAGGACAUUGAAAGUCAAAGGCAAAUGGCCGAAGAACAAAUGAAAAUAGUGCAGCAACAAGCACAGGCAAAAGCACAGCAUUUGCGAUAUCAAGAUGAGUUAGCUAGAAAGAGAAUGCAGACAGAUCAUGAAGCCCAGAGGCGACAUAAUGUUGAAUUGGUUAAGAUGCAAGAGGAGUCCUCCGUACGUAAAGAACAUGCACGGAGAGCGACUGAGGAACAAAUUCAAGCUCAACAGAGAGAGACAGAAAAAGAGAGAGCUGAAAUUGAGCGGGAAACCAUAAGAGUUAAGGCUAUGGCAGAGGCUGAAGGUCGGGUCCAUGAAGCAAAAUUAACUGAGGACCAUAACAGGAGAAUGCUUAUCGAACGGAUGAGUGGUGAAAAAGAAAAAUGGCUUGCUGCAAUAAAUACAACUUUUAGUCAUAUAGAAGGUGGCUUUAGAACUUUACUGACUGAUCGGAAUAAGUUACUUAUGACUGUUGGAGGAGCUACAGCAUUGGCUGCUGGUGUUUAUACGACAAGAGAAGGUUCUAGAGUUAUAUGGGGUUAUGUUAAUCGAAUUCUAGGACAGCCUUCAUUGAUUCGAGAAUCAUCCAUGUCAAGAUUUUCGGGGUCAGAGCUAAUAUCUCAAGCCAAGAAUAAAGUCUUGAAUUAUAGUACAGCAGCAGCAACAGCUGGCACUUUUGAAAAUAAGAAGGGUCUUGGAAACAUUGUUCUCCAUCCUUCAUUGCAGAGGAGAAUAGAGCACCUUGCUCGAGCUACAGCAAACACCAAGGCUCACCAGGCACCCUUUCGGAAUAUGCUUUUUUAUGGGCCCCCAGGGACUGGAAAAACUAUGGUUGCAAGAGAAAUUGCUCGAAAAUCGGGUCUGGAUUAUGCCAUGAUGACAGGAGGUGAUGUUGCUCCGCUGGGCCCACAGGCUGUCACAAAAAUCCAUCAAAUAUUUGAUUGGGCAAAAAACUCAAAGAAGGGUCUACUCCUUUUUAUUGAUGAAGCAGAUGCUUUCCUUUGCGAACGUAAUAGUACACAUAUGAGUGAAGCUCAACGAAGUGCUCUAAAUGCAUUGCUAUUCCGAACUGGAGAUCAGUCUAGAGACAUUGUUCUGGUCCUCGCUACAAACAGGCCUGGUGAUCUUGACAGUGCCAUCACCGACCGCAUCGACGAGGUCAUGGAAUUCCCACUUCCUGGGGAAGAGGAACGUUUUAAACUGCUAAAGCUUUAUUUGAACAAGUACAUAUUCGGUGAGGGUGGUGACGACUCAUCUAAAUGGGGGCACUUGUUCAAGAAAAAGCCACAGAACAUAACCGUAAAGGAUCUUUCUGAUGACACGAUCCGCGAGGCUGCCAAGAAAACAGAAGGCUUCUCUGGCCGUGAGAUUGCUAAACUCGUGGCCGGUGUACAAGCAGCCGUGUAUGGCCAACCGGACUGUGUUUUGGAUUCCCAGUUGUUCAAGCAAAUUGUGGAUUAUAAGGUUGCAGAGCAUCACCAGAGAAUUAAACUAGCAGCUGAAGGUGGUCAGCCAGUGUAGACGAGAAAAGAUCUUGCCCGAUUGAUUCAUUUUGCAUAUUUAUGGUCUUAUAGAAGCCGAAAAAGUGGAAAAUUUUUGCUCUUAAUUUACGUCUAGCAAUUGAUUUGAUUUGGAAAAUUUUGUCGUUUGAAGCAUGUUGGUUUACAGAAAAAAGAUCUCAUCUUGAAAAGUCAAAGCAUUCAGGUGAAGAUGCAUGGAGGAUGUAUCUUAUAAUUGUCUUCUUUUUCAAAAAGAAUUUUUCGUUACCAAAUAAAGUUUAGGUAAUAGGUGAAGUCACAUUUAUUUUUACUUUAUUGUUGGUUAUAUUCACAAUUUGUAUUGGAGGACUUGGAAGGAAUUUUUAUUUCUUAGGAGAGACAGAAGGCACAACUUUUAAGUUGAAGGAGGCUAGAGAAGAUUGUUGAUGUUUGUUACGAAUCUAUGUUUAUGGUAUUUACAGAAUGAUCCAAGGCAACUGAAAAACAAAAAAGUUGUAUAAGCUAAUUGAUAUUCUAUUUUUGUUCCUUAAA